GUUUUGGUUCUAGCCGCUCGCCGUCCUUUCAAGACUCGGUCGUCCGAUAGCUGCUUGUUCCGGGUUUCCCUUCUCCUUCCCUUUCCCUUUUCCCGGCCCCGAUCCUCCCUCCCUCCUUCCCUCCUGUCCACCUCCCCUUUCUGUACCUGCCGCUCCGGGUCAAGGCCACCUUCCGGGCCAGGCGCACUACGGUGCGUGGCCCGGGGGCCCGGUAUAUGACCCGCCGUCCUGUUGCCCCUCAUUCUCCCCGCCCCAUGUGGCUGCGGGGCCGCGGCGGCACUGCUCACUAUGGCCCGGAAAGCAGUUAGCAGGAAGCGGAAAGCGCCCGCCUCACCCAGAGCGGAGAGCGACGUUCAGGGCCUGCAGUUUGGCUGGAAUCACUCGCUUCACAAAAGGAAAAGACUCCCCCCAGUGAAGAGGUCCUUAGUAUACUACCUGAAGAGUCGGGAAGUCAGGCUACAGAAUGAAACCAGCUAUUCCCGAGUGUUGCAUGGUUAUGCAGCACAACAACUUCCCAGUCUCCUGAAGGAGAGAGAGUUUCACCUUGGGACUCUUAAUAAAGUGUUUGCAUCUCAGUGGCUGAAUCAUAGGCAAGUGGUGUGUGGCACAAAAUGCAACACGUUAUUUGUAGUAGAUGUGCAGACAAGCCAAAUCACCAAGAUCCCCAUUCUGAAAGACCGGGAGCCUGGAGGGGUGAUGACCCAACAGGGCUGUGGUAUCCAUGCCAUCGAGCUGAAUCCCUCCAGAACACUGCUAGCUACUGGAGGAGACAACCCCAACAGUCUUGCCAUCUACCGUUUGCCUACACUAGAUCCUGUAUGCGUGGGAGAUGAUGGACACAAGGACUGGAUCUUUUCCAUUGUAUGGAUCAGUGACAAUAUGGCAGUGUCUGGCUCACGUGAUGGUUCUAUGGGACUCUGGGAGGUGACAGAAGAUGUGUUGACCAAAAGUGAUGCUAGGCACAAUGUGUCACGGGUCCCUGUGUAUGCCCACAUCACUCACAAGGCCUUAAAAGACAUCCCCAAGGAGGACACAAACCCUGACAACUGCAAGGUCCGGGCUCUGGCCUUCAACAACAAAAACAAGGAAUUGGGAGCAGUAUCUCUGGAUGGCUACUUUCAUCUCUGGAAGGCUGAAAAUACACUAUCUAAGCUCCUCUCCACCAAACUGCCAUAUUGCCGUGAGAAUGUGUGUCUGGCCUACGGUAGUGAAUGGUCAGUGUAUGCAGUGGGCUCUCAAGCUCAUGUUUCCUUCUUGGAUCCACGGCAGCCAUCAUACAACAUCAAGUCGGUCUGCUCCAGGGAGCGAGGCAGUGGGAUCCGAUCAGUGAGCUUCUAUGAGCACAUCAUCACUGUGGGCACAGGGCAGGGCUCCCUGCUAUUCUAUGACAUCCGAGCCCAAAGAUUUCUGGAAGAGAGGCUCUCAGCUUGCUGCAGGUCUAAGCCCAGGCUAGCAGGGGAGAAUCUGAAACUAACCACUGGCAAAGGCUGGCUGAAUCACGAUGAAACCUGGCGGAAUUACUUUUCGGACAUUGAUUUCUUCCCCAAUGCUGUUUACACCCACUGCUACGACUCGUCUGGAACGAAGCUCUUUGUGGCAGGAGGUCCUCUCCCUUCAGGGCUCCAUGGAAACUAUGCUGGGCUCUGGAGUUAAUGUCAACUAACUCUCCCAAAAUGCAGAGAUCUACACUAACGUCCAUCCUCAGUUUCUUUGUUUUGCCUUUUGAUUUGUUUUUCAGUUGUGUGAAGCUCUCAUAUUUUAGUGGGAACACUAUGGUUUAAACAUUUUGCAGGAAGAGGCUCUGUACAGAAAACUGAAUGGGGCGUUUUUUUUCUUUUUUUGCUUUUGGUAGUGAGAAUUUUACUUUACUACUUUUUUUUUCUUUUCUUUUUUUUUUUUUUUUUUUUUGGUUUUCAACCAAACAUUGUAACAUUGUUAAUUCCUAUCCAUAUGUUUUCUUUAAGUGACACACACUCUCCCCUCUCUGGCUUCCUCUUUAGGCCGACACAGUCAUUCUUACCCUUACUUUCACUCUUGAGAGGUAGGGUUCCUUUAUAAUUGUGUGGUUGCUUUCAAACUUUCUGUGAAAGUUUGGGAGCUGUGUGUGUGUGUGUGUGUGUGUGUGUGUGUGAGCCUGUAGAUACUGUGUGUCACUAAAAUUACUAGGAGUGAGGAUUACUUAAAAUAUUUAUAAAAGAAACAACUUUAUUCAGAGUCCAGCUUUGGGACUAGUCUUUAUCUUGUUUUUUAAUGUCUAGCAGCACUGAUUAUAGGAAGUGAAAACAAAGAAAAACAAAUCAUCACUAGAACCCUUUGAGAUUGCAGGCCUCUUGUGGACUCUGUGCCAGGACUCCAGCCCAUACCUGUCUUCCCUCCUGUGUGUCCUCCAAGUGAGAGCCUUCUGUGUAUGUGUCACUUCCUUUCCUCCCAUCUGCUUAGCCAGUGGUCACUCCACUAGAACAUCAGGGCCUCCAUCCCAGUGCAGCUCUGGAGGCUGCAGAAGGAUUUCUAGGACUUGAUAAAGAGAAUCCCCAUCCCAACUGCCCCUUCCUCCCCUCAAACAAGUUCUGAUCUGGUAUUUCAGGGGCCAAGGCUGGGGGUCUCAAAUCUAAGAUGUAUAUGCUCAAUCCCCUUAGCUUGGGGAAGAAACAUUUUUCUCCAUUCUUCCAUUCUCCCCGAGUGGGUUUUGCUUUUGUUUUCAAAAUUAGGUUCACUCCAGCAGGGUGGGGUGAGUAGGAGCUGUAUCUGUUUGGUGAGUGCUUCAUGUGUGGAAUAUUCAUUUUCUCAGUGCAGUGGAGCUGGGGUUGGAGCCAUCCUUCCAACUCUCUAGGCACGGCCUUGGGAAGGUGGUGGGGUAGCCUGCAGCCAGCAGCAUUGUGCAUCUAACAGCAUCGACGUGAUGAAUAAUUUCUUCCUUCCUUGAACUGUUUAGUAAGUCCAAGAUUUUUAAACUUGCGGGCAGCUGACUGACUGUGAUGUCCAGUUGUUCCCUGCUUUUUAUGCAUCAUGUUGCAGAGAACUAACAGCUGUUCACACCCACCAAUUCCUCCUCUCCUCUAAGCACAUACAUUGCUUCUCUGUCAACAGCCCAUUGUGGGGAAAGGAAAAGUCGUAUUUACUCCUGCACCCCAAAUUUUAAGUUGCUCUCCCGGUUAUCCUCCUCUGCUCUGGGUAUAGAGGUGAGACUGGAAGAAAUAGUGUCCAGCCCUUGACGACUGGGAACUGCUGGGGAGGGGAGAUAGCAAGUCCACCCUAACUUGGUGGUACAAGGCAUACACCACUGGUUCUGAAAAAUUUUCGUCUUCUAACCUAGAGAAAUAGGUGCUAUAAAUGGAAUUAAGCAAAAUGCUGGAUGCUAUAGAUCUUUUAAUUGUCUUAAUUUUUUUUUGUAUUAUUAAACUACAGGCUGUAGAUUUCUUAGUUCUCACAGAACUUCUAUCAUUUUAAACUUAUAUUAAAAGAAAAAAGAUCUUAAGUAGGAUGUUUUGUACUAUUGCCUGACCCUCUUCUGUGAUGGGUAAUGCAUUUGAUUGUUUGAGAUUUUCUGUUUUUAAAAAUGUAACACUUGACUUUUUUGCCGAGGAAAAAAAAAUAAAUAUUAUUCCAAUGCAAA